CCCCACAAAAAUAUUGUCUUCCAGUUUGUUGAACGAAAAUCUCCAGUGCUAGAAAUUCCCCAAUAUUCUGAUCUGCAUUCACUCGAACCCAUCUGCAAAAGCUAAAAUUACAAGAACCUGACCAGUACAAGAUGUCGGAAGCAGAUAAGGAGUUAUCGGGGAAGAAGCGGAAGCGAACGGUUGAUGACGAGCAAUCGAGCAGCCGCAAAGAUGAGGUGAAGGCCAAACGAAGCAAGAAGUCGAAGUCCAAGGGCGAGUCUAAGUCUGAGGGCGAGUCCAAGUCCAAGGGCGAGUCCAAGUCCAAGGAUGAGUCCAAGUCCAAAGUCGAGUCCAAGUCCGAAGACGAGCCCAAGGCCAAGACCGAGUCCAAGUCCAAGUCCAAGUCCAAAUCCAAAUCCAAGUCCAAGGGCGAUUCCAAGUCCAAAGACGAGUCCAAGAUUGAGUCCAAGUCCGAGGUGGAGCCCAAGAUCGAGUCCAAGAUCGAGUCCAAGUCUAAGAGCGAGUCUAAGUCCGAGGGCGAAUCCAAGUCCAAGGAUGCCGAACCCGUGAUUGCAGCGGAUCCCCCUAAACACGAAGAAGGGCAGAAUCAGUCGGCGGGCAAGGAAUCAAUGAAGGGCCAGAAGUUCAUUGUAUUCGUUGGAAAUCUACCAUACACGACCACGACCGAAGCGCUCAAUAAGCACUUCGAGAAGUUGAAGCCUGCUUCCGUUCGUCAUGCCACGAAGAAGGAAACCGGAAAGUCCAAGGGGUUCGCUUUUCUGGAGUUCGAUCAUUACGAUCGCAUGAAGACAUGUCUCAAACUCUAUCACCAUACCGAAUUCGAUGAUGGAACCUCCCCAGCUCGGAAAAUCAACGUGGAGCUGACGGUCGGAGGAGGAGGUUCGAAAAGCAAAUUCCGAAAGGAGAAGAUCAAGGAGAAGAACACGAAGUUGACUGAGCAGCGGAAGCGGAGGAUGGUUGAGGAGCAGAAACAGAAACUCGCCAAGGAGGAUAAGGAGAAGAAGGAGAAGGAGAACAACUCUGGGAAGGACGAUACUGCACCGAGUUCGAAAAAGAAACCGCGAGAUCAAUCGAAACCUUCCAGUUCGGCGCCAGAGCUCCCUACCCCCAAGGAGUCAGGCCGUCCAGAGGGUAUUCAUCCCAGCCGGCUGUCAAGGGUCGACCAUUAAUCAAACCGAAGGUUUCGCGUUCAUGCCGUCAUUUAGACUCAUAGACGAUUAUGAUACCCCAGAAAUGACCUUUUCAUUUGUUAAAUCGAGGCCCGCUUGAUUGAGUAGGGUGAUUCGUUACUAGUGGCUCCAAAAGCCAUCAUUCACGCCGAUCCAACCGAUCAGAACAGCAUCCAAUCCCCAUAC